UCGAUCCUCCUUCCGCACAGUCAGGGUUUCCGUUUCCCUCCUGUACGCAGAGUAAGGGGGAGCGAGGCCGAGCCGCGGCCGUCGCCGCCGCCAUGUGGCCCCCAGACCCGGAGCCCGACCCAGACCGCGAGCCUGCCGGCCGCUCCCAGCCCCACGCGGCCCUUCCCGGGCUCCGCGCCCUCCUGCCGGCGCGCGCCUUCCUCUGCUCGCUCAAAGGCCGCCUCCUGCUGGCGGAGACGGGUCUCUCUUUCAUCACCUUCGUCUGCUAUGUGGCGUCCUCAGCAUCCGCCUUCCUCACAGCGCCCCUGCUGGAGUUCCUGCUGGCCCUCUGCUUCCUCUUUGCUGAUGCCAUGCAGCUGAACGACAAGUGGCAGGGCUUGUGCUGGCCCAUGAUGGACUUCCUACGCUGUGUCACAGCGGCCCUCAUCUACUUCGCCAUCUCCAUCACAGCUGUGGCCAAAUACUCGGACGGAGCUUCCAAAGCAGCCGGAGUGUUUGGCUUCUUUGCCACCAUCGUGUUUGCAAUUGACUUCUACCUGAUCUUUAACGAUGUGGCCAAAUUCCUCAAACAAGGGGACUCCGCAGGUGAGACCGCAGCUGACAAGGCAGAAGAAGAGAAUUCCGACUCUGACUCCGACUGAAGACCCGACCUGCCCUGGCAGCCUGAGCCACGCAGGCCUCCGCUCCUGCACCUCCUGACCGUGCUGGCCGGAGUGUGGCCAGGGGACCGUGCAUGUUGGGAGGGAGGCUGUGACUUCUCGCCCAGCAGCGGAAGUUGCUGACGGAGCAGGCCUCCUCACAGCCCCAGGGUGACGUUCCUGAGCCUGGCAUACACGAUGACACCCCUUGGCGCUUAGCACUCUCCAGCCUCUCUCUUCGUGAGGGCGUCGUUCCGCCACUUCUCAUUUCUGUCCCACAGACCUUAAGCCCUUGAACCUCUGCCAAAAAUCAGCACAAGGGGACAAAGCAGAUAGAGCCUUGUUAUACCACUGCAGGAAGCACGUCAUGCUGUGGUGAGUGUGGGGGAGAGACAAGACAGAAACCGGCAGAGGGCCAUCCCUGGGCCCCAGCGGCUUCUGUCUGCAUCUGGUGCCCCUGCUCACGGCAGGCAUUUUGUUGAGAACGACGCUUCCAAGAUUCUUUUGUUCAAGGAGCAACAGUUCCCUCUUCAUUCUUUUUUUUUUUUUUUUUUUUUUGCGUUACGUGGGCCUCUCACUGUUGUGGCCUCUCCCGUUGUGGAGCACAGGCUCCAGACGCGCAGGCUCAGCGGCCAUGGCUCACGGGACCAGCCGCUCCGCGGCAUGUGGGAUCUUCCCGGGCCGGGGCACGAACCCGUGUCCCCUGCAUCGGCAGGCGGACUCUCAACCACUGCACCGCCAGGGAAGUCCCCCUCUUCAUUCUUGAAGCAGGGAGAAAACUGGCCUUUGCUGUGUGAUCUAGGAGAGAGUGGGUCCCAGUGCCCAUGAGUGAUACUUUACACCCCUGGAGACCAUAUCUUCUUCAGAUGACAUGCCUAUUCUGGGUCUAAGACUGUUUCAAGAAGAGCUCGUAGACUAGCUUACCAGGUCCAAGAGAUCGAGGGCUCCACACGACAAAGUGGCAGUGACAGCCCCCAGGGCAGCUGGGCAGGCCCAGCCAAACCCUGUCUUUCCUUGGGCCGUCAGCAGGCCAGAGGCUCUCGGGCCCUCAGGACAAUGUGCUUCUGAACACCUGACCCUCACGAGGGGCGAGACGUGCCUUCUGUGUUCACCUAAGGACCUUAUUAUGCUGUGCAUGUAUCUUCAAUGGGAUUUUGUAACUUUAUAAUUUUUUUUUUUUUACACAAAAGCAGCUUCUUACAUGGCAUUUCCUGUGACCCAAGAGGCCUUGUGAACGAGCCAGAGCUCUGGACUCAUGUUUUGGACAUUUGUAAUCUUUGUUCUUCUCUUGCAUGUGAAUCUCCUACCCUGAAAAAAGCCAUAAUGGAUUAAAUCAGACUGACUUCCUG